AGGCCGAGCGCCGCCCUCUUUCCCCGACGGCCUUUGUGGUGGCUGCUGUGUGCGCGCAGCCGGUCGUCGUAGGUCUCUUCCCCAUCUCCCGCCUCCCGUUCCUGAAACUUCGGCGCCAUCAUGGGCUUUGGGGAUCUGAAAUCUGCCUCGGGGCUCCAGCUUCUCAACGCCUUCCUAGCGAGCAGGAGCUACAUCGAGGGGUAUGUCCCAUCCCAAGCAGAUAUUGCAGUUUUUGAAGCAGUUGGUGCACCCCCUCCUCCUGAGCUGUUCCAUGCCCUCCGCUGGUACAACCACAUUAAGUCUUUCGACAAACAAAAGGCAAGAUCUCUGGUUGGAGAAGAAACCAGCAAUCCACUCCAGUAUCCCUGCCAAGAAAACUCCUUGCACAGUAACAGGCGGCAUAUAAAAGUCAUGGCGCUGGAAGAUGAGCCCCUCCGGUCGGAAGGCGUCCAACAUGCUACUGAGGAAGAGCAGAGGACUAGAACAAGUAGAUCCAGAGCUGAUGAAGCGGCUGGGCCAAAGCCGGAAGGUCACUCAGUUGCGGAUGUGCCUGGAAGUGAAAGGAAAGUCCAACGCUUAAAAGGAAAAUAUUGCAUAGGAACGUGGAAUGUAAGAUCCAUGAACCUUGGCAAGCUGGAUGUGGUCAAACAUGAGAUGGCAAGAAUAAAUAUUGACAUCUUGGGCAUCAGUGAACUAAAAUGGACCGGAGUGGGCGAAUUCAGUUCGGAUGACCAUCAUAUCUACUACUGCGGGCACGAAUCCCAUAGAACAAAUGGAGUGGCCCUCAUAGUCAACGAAAGAGUUGCAAAAGCUGUAAUUGGAUACAAUCUCAAAAGUGAUAGAAUGAUCUCUAUACGAAUCCAAGGCAGACCUUUGAACACCACAGUAAUACAGGUUUAUGCACCAACUACCGAUGCUGAAAAAACUGAAAUUGACCAAUUCUAUAAAGACUUACAACGCCUUCUAAAACUGACACCAAAGAAGGAUGUUCUUCUCAUUAUAGGGGAUUGCAAUGCUAAAGUAGGGAGUCAAGAGAUAAUAGGAACAACUGGCAAGUUUGGCCUUGGAGUUCAAGACGAUGCAGGGCAAAGGCUAAUAAAGUUCUGUCAAAAGAACCAGCUGGUCAUCACAAACACACUUUUCGAACAACACAAGAGACGACUCUACACAUGGAAAUCACCAGAUGGGCAGCAUCGAAAUCAGAUUGAUUAUAUUCUCUGCAGCCGAAGAUGGAGAAGCUCUAUACAGUCAGCAAAAACAAGACCCGGAGCUGACUGUGGUUCAGAUCAUCAGCUUCUUAUAGCACAAUUCCAGCUUAAACUGAAAAUAACAGGGAAAACCACUGGGGAAGUCAGAUACAAUCUAAAUCAAAUCCCUUAUGAAUACACAGUGGAAGAUUCAGAUUUGGUGGAAGAUUCAGAUUUGGUGGACAGAGUGCCUGAAGAAGUAUGGAUGGAGACUCGUAACAUUAUACAGGAGGCAGCAACGAAAACCAUCCCAAUGAAAAGGAAAUGCAAGAAAACAAAGGGGUUGUCCAAUGAUGCCUUACAAAUAGCAGGAGAGAGAAGGCAAACAAAAUGCGAGGGAGAUAGUGAAAGUCUGCCUGGAGUGAAGAAGGCGUUGGGAAAAUAUGGCCCUUCAGAUGUUGAGGACUCGACAGGCGGAGACAGCAAAGAUGACGAUGACAUUGAUCUCUUUGGCUCUGAUGAAGAGGAGGAAAGUGAAGAAGCAAAAAGAUUAAGGGAGGAGCGGCUUGCUCAGUAUGAGUCAAAGAAAUCCAAAAAGCCAGCACUCGUUGCCAAGUCAUCCCUCCUGUUGGAUGUGAAACCUUGGGAUGAUGAGACGGACAUGGGAAAAUUAGAAGAGUGUGUCAGAAGUAUUCAGGCGGAUGGCCUUGUUUGGGGAUCUUCCAAGCUGGUUCCAGUUGGUUAUGGAAUCAAGAAACUUCAGAUUCAAUGUGUAGUUGAAGACGAUAAAGUUGGAACCGAUAUGCUGGAAGAGAGGAUCACUGCGUUUGAGGAUUACGUUCAGUCCAUGGAUGUGGCUGCUUUCAACAAAAUCUAAGCCCCAAUAGCAACAGGAAUAAAACAUUUGCAACACUCGA